CUCACAUAAAUUAUACGACUGCGUUUCGCCAGCAGAUGAACCACUGUAAUACAUUUUCACAUGACAUCAACCAGCAAUAGACUACCCCAAUGUUUUGAUGCGUCUAGCAAAACUCAGCUGAUUUAAUAACAAAAAUGUUGACUACUACAAGGCAAGUGGGCACGGCUUCGCGAAGUACAAUUUGGUAGCUUGCAUACUCGGGCGAAUUAUGUACCCAGUUAGUUCAAAAUUUACUGUCACGUUACGCAGACAGGUCGUCAUUUUUCGGCCAUAUAUUUACGAUGGGGCCAUUUGAAGUGCAGGCCACCCUCCUGAGAAUAGCAUACACGCGUCCGACCAGUGUUCUGUUAUUACUUCUGAUGGACGGCAUGAUAUGGCUACAACGCCCGGAUAUUGUUGAUUUUCACAAUCGGAUUCAGGAUAUUCCAGCGGAAUUCAUUUACGAUGUGUACGACUUUGUCGUUGUAGGCGGUGGAAGUGCAGGGGCAGCAGUUGCUGCAAGACUUUCUGAAGUUUGCGAUUGGGAUGUGUUGCUGCUUGAAGCUGGCCCAGAAGAAACGUACAUUUCCGAAAUCCCGUAUGCGUUUCCUGUGCUACAGAAGUCAAAACUGGAUUGGAAGUUCAAAACCAUGCCCAACCAGAGUUUUUGUCAAGCGAUGGGAAACGAGCAGUGUGCGUGGCCUCGCGGAAAGGUUCUUGGAGGUUCUUCCGUGCUUAAUGCGAUGAUGUAUAUUCGAGGCAACCCAGAAGAUUAUGACGAGUGGGCAAGUUUCGGAAAUGUUGGUUGGAGUUGGGAAGAUGUUUUGCCGUAUUUUGUGAAAAUGGAGAAUGUACGUGAUCCAAAAAUAGCCGACAAACCCUGGCAUGGAACGACGGGACCAUUGACAGUUGAGUUGUUCAAGAGUAACACGAAGCUAUAUCCGUUUUUUGUUGAAGCAGCAAAACAGAUGGGAGGUGUUUGGGCCGAUGAAAUGAAUGGGCCGUCACAACAUGUAUUUGGACCUCUUCAUGGUACAAUCCGUAAUGGAUUACGUUGCAGUACGGCCAAAGCUUAUCUGCGUCCAGUUGGCAUGCGUAAAAACUUGCAUGUAUCAUUAAAUACCAUGGUGGAAAAAAUUCUAAUUGAUCCUGAGGAGAAAAGAGCGUACGGAGUUAUGUUUAAUAAAGACAACAGACGGCGCUAUGUGCUAGUGACAAAGGAAGUAAUUCUAUCGGCAGGUUCUUUGAACAGUCCUCAACUGCUAAUGCUAUCAGGUGUAGGACCCCGGAAUGAGCUGGAGAGACAUGGAAUUGAAGUUAUUCACCAUUCACCCGGAGUGGGGCAAAACUUACAAGACCAUGUUGGCACUGGAGGUCUUGUUUUUCUGAUAACAAAUCCAAACAAUACUGGCGCACUUUCCGUGAAUAUGCUUGAUUCUGUUACAAAGUCGUCAAUCGAGAAUUUUCUUUUCAAUAACAGCGGGAUAUUGAUGGGAAUGCCAAUGUGCGAGAUUAUGGGAUUCAUCAAUACCAAAUUCAACUCUGCCAACAGUAAGCGACCGGAUAUACAAUUAUUCAUGGCAGGUCAAUCGGAUGUUUCGGAUGGAGGAACAUGGGCAGCUUACGGAUCAUCUUUCACUUAUAAGUACUAUGCCGAAAAUUUCGGAAAUUGGGUCUUUCACGACUCUUUCAUGUGCUUGCCAUUACUACUGAGGCCAGAAAGCAGAGGACACUUGACAUUGAUUAACAAAGAUCCAUACAGCAAAAUAUCGAUUUAUCCCAAUUAUUUUUCUAAAAGACGAGAUAUUGACACACUGAUUGAGGGCUUGAAAUUUUGCUUGAAUAUUUCUACAGCGCCAGCGCUCGCUCAGCUCCGUCCAAAAUUUAUUUAUGAUACCGAACAAGGAACCACGUGCGGAGGAACGGGUGAACAAUUCUACGAGUGCCUCGUACGUCACUAUUCGCAGACUAUCUACCACCCGGUGGGAACGACAAAAAUGGGUCCCAAAUCGGACCCCAUGGCGGUCGUUGAUGCUCGUCUGAGGGUGCACGGAAUCGCGGGACUGCGAGUCGUUGAUGCGGGAAUAAUGCCAACUCUCGUUUCUGGAAACACCAAUGGUCCAACUGUUAUGAUUGGCGAGAAGGCGUCUGAUAUGAUAAAGUCCGAUUUCAUACGAGAGCUACUGGACAAACCAGAUUUGAAGCCGUGCUAUACGUAUGAUUAUCAAUAUUUCUAAAUCGAUAGAAUCUAUGUCGACGUUUAUGGAUCUCUGGAUUAUUGUGAGGUCCCUGGCACAAUAAAUUGAAGAUAUUGAAUGAAAAAUCAUGCUGCAAAU